CGGCCAUGCUGAACUGGGCGGACGCUGACCUGCUCUGACCAGUGCAUCGCUAUAAAUUCCAUCGUCUCGCGGAUAGAAUGCUCUUGCCUCUCUCAGAACCAAAACCUUGGCGGUUCAGUCAAGACCAAUGAAGAUCAUCGUGGUCCUGCUUGCUUUUGCGGCUGCGACUCUCGCAGCCACGCCCGCCGAAUGGCGCUCGCAGUCCAUAUAUUUCCUACUCACCGACCGAUUUGCCCGGACGGACAAUUCUACCACUGCACCCUGUGAUACCAGUGCCCGGCAAUACUGCGGUGGAACAUGGCAGGGUAUCAUUAAUCAGCUUGACUACAUCCAAGGCAUGGGCUUUACAGCUAUCUGGAUUACCCCAGUAACAGCACAGAUUCCCCAGGACACCGGAUAUGGAGAGGCCUACCAUGGGUAUUGGCAGCAGAACGCAUACGCUAUCAAUUCCCAUUAUGGCACAGAAAGCGAUCUCAAGGCGCUGGCCUCGGCUCUCCACGCGCGAGGGAUGUACCUCAUGGUUGACGUGGUUGCCAACCACAUGGGCCACAAUGGUACGGGCAGCUCUGUGGACUACAGUGCCUUUAGGCCAUUUGACGCGGAGGACUUCUUCCAUCGCCUCUGUUUUAUUUCCAACUAUAACAAUCAGACAAACGUCGAAGACUGCUGGCUAGGCGAUAACACGGUCUCCUUGCCAGAUUUGAACACAACUCGUCCUGAGGUCAAAACCAUGUGGUAUGACUGGGUUAAGUCUCUUGUCUCCAACUACUCCGUCAAGCACGUCCAAAAAGACUUUUGGCCAGACUACAACAACGCCGCAGGGGUAUACUGCAUCGGAGAGGUCUUUGAUGGCGAUCCGGCAUACACUUGCCCUUACCAGAACUACCUCGAUGGGGUUCUCAACUAUCCCAUGUACUACCCACUCCUCCGAGCGUUCAAAAAUAGCUCUGGCAGCAUAAGCGACCUCUACAACAUGAUCAACACUGUAAAGUCUGAAUGCAAUGACUCCACCCUUCUGGGGACUUUUAUCGAGAACCAUGACAACCCCCGGUUUGCCAACUACACAAGUGACAUGUCCCUCGCCAAAAACGUCGCCACAUUCACCAUCCUAGCGGACGGAAUCCCCAUCAUUUACGCCGGACAAGAGCAGCACUACAGUGGCGGCAAUGACCCUUAUAACCGCGAAGCAACAUGGCUCUCAGGCUACAAGACUACCAGUCCUCUCUACACCCACAUCGCAACAUCCAACAAGAUUCGCACCCACGCCAUCAGCCAGGAUAGCGGCUAUCUCACCUACAAGAAUUACCCAAUUUACCAAGACACCUCGACCAUUGCCAUGCGCAAAGGCUACAACGGCACCCAAACCAUCACCGUCCUUUCCAACCUCGGGGCCUCAGGAAGCUCUUAUACCCUUUCCCUCCCAGGAACAGGGUACACAGCUGGCCAAAGUCUCAUCGAGGUCUACACCUGCACGAGUCUGACUGUCGCAUCAAAUGGCUCGGUACCUGUUCCUAUGAAGAGCGGAUUACCACGGAUUCUCUAUCCGCAGGACAAGCUCAACGGAACUUCAUUCUGCAGUUCCGCGAUCUCCAUAUUUAAGCAGUCAAGCGCACCGUUACUCAUAUGCUAUAUUGUGGUUCUUGCUCAGAUCCUAUGUCUCAUGACGUGAUUGGCCUCGGCCGUUCCUAUCACCGUUCUCCCCCACGCCGAUCGAUUCGAUGUGUAAUGAAUAUCAUGCGAUUGGUGGGUUGGAUCCAUAAAGUAACCUUCACAAUAUGUGAAGUACAGUAUACAUAGAACGGCAGCAUAGAUAGAUGGUUCAGAUAAAUGCAACCAGCAUAACUACUCUCAACCUCAACCUUCAGGAAUAUGACCCACUUUAAUCACA